CCCACCAUCCGUCCAGCACUUCACCAUGGCAAAAGACGCAAAGCCCGCCGCGAAGAAGGAGAAACAUCAGAGGAAUGUCGCAGAGCCGAAGAAAUUGUCGCUCAAGCGCAAAAACGAGGCCGCAGACGCAACGGAGGCGGCUGCAAAGCCCAAGAAGCUGAAGACGGCGAAGGCGGUCUCCACGGAGGUGCAACCCGUGAAGGAGAAGCAGGAGAAGAAGCAGGAGAAGAAGCAGCUCGCUAUGGCAGAGGCAUCGCCAAAACCAGCCAAGCCCGCAGCAGCGUCCGAGCCCCAGACUAUCUCCCGCCCGACAUCAAAGUCCAUCCCCAAAUCCUCCAAGGCUCCUGCGAAGCCGAAGGUUCUCGCCCCGCCGCCUGACGACUCGGAGGAGGAGGACGCAGAUGCAGAUGACGCCGAUUCAGAUAACGCUGGAUCCAUUCAUGGUUUCUCUACCGAUGAGGACGAUUCAUCUGACGAGGAGGUGGACGACACGCCCGUGGACGUCGGGAAACUUCCUACUGUGGCAAAAGACGACGAGACGGUGGCGCGCAAGCUCGAAAGAGCAAAGCGCCAACAGAGUGACGACCGUGGGGUCAUCUAUAUCGGACGUCUCCCUCACGGGUUCUAUGAGGAUCAGCUAAAGGCCUACUUCUCCCAGUUUGGGGAUGUCACCCGCCUCCGCGUCUCUCGCAACAAGAAGACCGGCAAGUCUAAGCACUACGCGUUCCUCGAAUUCGACUCCUCGUCGGUCGCCCAGAUCGUCGCGGAGACCAUGGAUAACUACCUACUCAUGGGCCACAUCCUCCGCUGCAAGGUGAUCCCUAAGGACGAGGUCCAUCCCGAGCUCUGGAUCGGCGCGAACAGGAAGUACCGAGCUAUCCCGACCGUGCGCAUCAACAAACUACAGCACGAUAAGUCACGGACACCGGAGGAAAAGCAACGCGUGGAGAAGAGGCUAUUGAAGCGCCAACGUCAGCAGCAGCGCAAGCUUGCGGCUGCUGGCAUCGACUAUGAUAUGGGCGAUGCCGUCUACAAACCCUCUGUUGCAGUAGCAUAGUAGCAUAGAAUGCAGCUACUCGUCUCCGCUUUAUCUCGCGCACGCCAUUGCAUUGGACACCUUAGGCCUUAUGACCUACCCUUGUUUGUAUCGCUUUGACAAUUCAUCGUUUAUGUGG